ACACUUACUGAUUCUAACGUUUCUAGCGUAAAUGGGAGUACGAGCCUGUAUCAUUUACCACAACCUCUUCGGAUGAAAGCAAGUUAAAAUUUGAAGCUAAAGUCGUUCGUCUGGGGCGUUCAGAUUACGGAAUUUCGGCCACCUUAGAGUGGAAUUAUGACACGAAUGAGGAAACUAUGGUUGAGGGCCAAGCGUAUCGCAGCAAUACGGGCGACGAGAGUGAUUACAAGUUGCUACCCUGGGCAAUCCCUAAACAGACCUUCUCUGAUUACAUCAACACCUAUUAUAAGGAUGUGGUCAUCAAAAACCUCGGCCACUGUUCCAAUCUCCCCAGAUUCGAAGGCAAAUUUCAGUCGCCCUGGCCAAGAAAGACCUAUAAGGUCGACAAGUGCAAGAUCAAUGGUGAUGGACUACCGGAAAUCGCUCCGCCCGGAUUCUACAAGAUUGUACUCACUAAAUUUGGUCCCGGACAGCCCACGUGGGGAUUCACAGCAGUUAUGAAAGUAACUAACAAAAUGUUCUAGAUCUAGUAAUAUUAAUGGGUUAUU